AUGUUGUCAGCUGUAGCUUCAGUCCCUCGUGAAGAAAGCUUCGAGCUAUUUUGUUGUUUGAUUCGCAUUGCAUUCACAGAGUCACUGGGGAACUAAAGGAGCAUCUAAGGUGAGUAAUGCAUAUUAAACGAGGUAAGGCAUUUGUCUAUGCACAGAAAAAGCUAAAAGUCUAAUCUUGCAACUACUUCAGACAGUAGAUUUGUCUAUAGCUACAACUAUAACUUAUACCCAGUUAGAAAAGUACCUGUGUCGAAUUAUUUAAAAGGAUAAGAUCACCUGGAGGAAUCACAAGCUCGGAAGCAGCUUGUUAGCAGGACCGACAAAGAUUUUUGGGUGUGGGAGGGGAGCAGUUGUGUGAAGAGGUGUACAUAAAAGAGGGAGAAGUAUGACUAUCGGAAAGCUUCAGGUGUGGGGAGUGAGCGUGGUGUCGUCUUUCCCCAGGAGCAGGGACUCUGAGGCGGACAGAUAGCGGGGCUGGCCGUGGUGUCCGGUGGCAGUGGUGUGCUCGAGGAGGGCUGUGGUGGUGGGGGGGGGUUGCAUCACUGAUGACUGAAGAGUCAUUCAGCUCAGACCUGUGAUAACGUGCCAGAGCUCAGGAUUUCAACAGCAGCCUGAAACCCUGGAGCCUCAGAGCAGGGCAGGCCUGGUCUCGCUCAGGCUCAAACUUUAACUCAAGAAAAGGGAGAGGCCAACAUUCAAUCCCUGCUGCACUCAUUGCCACCUCCUCCACCUCGGAGGCUCCCUCAUAAAUCAUACAGUCCCAAUCGCCUGCUCUGCACCAGGUGCCAGGGUCGGCCUCCAUCCGGCCUCCAGCUUAACAUUAAAAAUCCUCACUCAGGGAAAACUGUAAUGAGUCAGAAUCACAAUGAAAUUCAGAUUGGAAAUGAACAAGGCUGUGUUAUGUAUUUUUUGUGUCUUAUAUUUCAGACACUUUCUGCAAGAAUAUCCCAUGUGUUCUAUCCUUCAUUCCACCGGAGUCUGUGUCUGUAGUAAACCAGAUUUCAGUGGUGUGAAGUGUAAGAGACAUGGGGAUACUGCUUCACAAGCUAACACUCAAAAACUGGAAGGCAUCCAAUUCAAAAGUCAAAGUAGUAAAUCAAUUUGUUCCAUUUUGACUGAAUUUUGAAUGUUUUUCUACAAGAGCCUACUGUUGUGAUAUAUGGUACUAUAUAUUUGAAUGUAUUUCCACUGCUAUAUCGUAUAAGAUAUGUUUUGCAUAUAUUUUCAUCAAUAAGAUACUGUACUGAGCAACUCACUUAUAUGAAUAAAUAUCUUGACCUUUUGUCCAGUUUGUCUUUCUUUCAACAUCUUAAAUCAUUACGGAGCCGUUACACCACCCACACCCAACUUUCUGUGGCUGUCAGCCUCAGAGCGUGAUUUUUUUUUUUUUUCUUCAUUAGCCAAGACGUAGGAUUUCAGACUCAGCCCACGCAAACAACCUUUAAUGUUUGGCAAAUGAAGCUUAUUAACAAUGUGAAACAUGCCCGCACUGUAGCCCACACAAUAAUGCCAUUUAACAGGUUUCUCCCUGCUAGUGAGCUGCAUCUCAAGAACUCCCAGCACCCGUCCCUAUACAGCGGUGCACAUCAAAGGGAAAUAGUGCUGGUUUACUUUUCCAUCCCUCAGUGAUCCAUCGUAUACUCCACAAUAUGUGCAUUACACUCUUGCUAUGCAAGUGAUACAAGGCUGACUAGGCUGCGUAGUUAUUGUAAUGCUGACAACCAGACCUGGUCUGGAUAAAGCCUCCGAGUUCAAUGGAAUUUGAAACAAAACAAAGUGAGGAGUAGAGACAAUGUGCAGGUUGUGAUAGUAAGAAGUUGACCUUUAUAUGUUGUGUGGUCUGGUUAACAGAUGUGAACGUCACACCAUGAACAGCUGUAUUACUUAAAACAACUGUCACACAUGUAUAAUAAUUAUUUGCAAUACACAUCACCUCAUAUUUACAUUCAUCUAUAUGUGUAUUCUAUAUUCAUUGACAAGAUCACGUUGCUAAAACUUGUAAUGUGAUUUAAAAUGUUGCUUUUCACCAUUUCAUAUAAUUGUAAAUUGAAUAUAGACUAAAUCAGCAGUUUCACAUUUUUAAUGGCAUUCUGUUAUGAUUUUUGGAAAUUUUAUAGAGAAAUAAUUACUUUAAUCAAAAAUGGUUGAUUCAUCCGUAAGAAGUAUUACAGCCCUCGUGUAAAUUUUCCAGAAUUUCUAUCAUUUACAAAUUGUGUGGGCAAAAUAAUGCAUCCAUAACAGCAUUUAUAUAUCUUGCAUGGUGAUUGACUGUUUCAAAAAAAGCCAUUCCACACCAUUCAACACAUUCUAAAACAAGUUUUGAAAAUAAACUUCAUAUACUGUUAGCAGCACCUGUAUUGAGUCUACACUACUUCAGCUGACAUGAAUUUCUGUCUCUUCUUCUUCUUUCUACUUCUGAGUUCGACCCUCGGAGGGGACACGGUUGCAGAGGACAUUGGUGUCCAUCAGUUGGAGCGUUUAGUGGAGUUGCUGACGUCUAAGGAGUGCGAGGACCUUCUGUUCGCCCUCUCUCACCCAGAGGAGAACAUCUUCCAGCACAUUGAGCGUCUCUCACACGGAAACAAUCAACUAGAUCCUAAGCCUCGAGUCAAGAGAGACGUCUCUCCUGCUGCAGAUAGUGAGGCUCAGUGCCGGACGGCCCUGACAGACUGGAUGCUGAAGUACGGCAAGCAGACCUACUACGACAGGCUUUCUCGCGCCUUGCAGCACAUCGGCAGAACCGACAUUGCCAUUGAAGUGGGGAAGAACAUCAACCAGGACAAAAUCUUGGGGCUUAAACUCUACGUUGAAGACUACCACAAAUUUGUCAACUCUUUAAACUUCCCACCGGAACAAUCGGACUCAAAAGACCAAGAGCAUAAAGCCCAGAGGGUCAGAAAAAGAAGAGUAAGGGAUCUGACAUGGCGUGACCUGGAUCUGAUCGUGGAGCGGGCUCCUGUCGCUCUGUACCAGAAGGGGCCUUUGGAUGUAGCUCUGCCCCUCUUGUAUGGCAUCCUGCUGGGCUUCGGAGGGACCUUGCUUGUAGGCGUCGCUAUCAUUUUUGUCAUCAUACACAUCUCCCGUAGAAACCAGCAGAGCCGUCACCCCAGGGUCUCCAGAAGUCCCACCAGGGAGCUGCUCUUACUGAAUAUUCUUCUCAGGGACAGCUCUUCAUAA